ACCCCUUUAAAAAAUGGCCAUCACUUUCUAAUAGGUAGUAUGUCGAGUCUGCCAUAACUUUCCAGUUAGAAGUAGGUUCUCUAUUUUCGGUAGAUUUUUCUGCACUUUAACUCUCACUCAUGGGAGGCCACUGGAGUGUGAGCAAAUAUGUUUCUCUUUCUUCUUCUAUAAAUUUGAAACCAAUGAAGAUCUCCUCUAAAAACUUAGCAUUUGCACUUCAAUUCAAUCUCGAUGGCCUCUUCUUCUUCUUGCUUGAAUUUCUAUCUCCUCCUAAUUUUCUCUCUCUGUAGUUGCACCAUUGCAUCCAAGGUCCAUUCCAAGAAAGGGAACUAUUCUGCUCUCUUUAGCUUUGGUGAUUCACUUGCUGAUACAGGGAACCUUCUCCUCUCGGGGCACAGCCCCUUCAUAAGGAUAGCCCACCCUCCCUUUGGAGAGACAUUCUUCCACAAACCCACUGGUCGAUGCUCCGAUGGCCGCUUAGUUGUCGAUUUCGUCGCCGAGGCGUUUGGGCUCCCUCUGCUGCCUCCUUAUCUCUCUAAGUUGAAAGGUCCGGCGGACUUCCGAAAGGGCGUGAACUUUGCUGUGGCAGGCGCCACCGCGCUCAAUUCCUCGUAUUUUACAAAGAAAAACAUUGGAUUUUUGUGGACAAACAGCUCCCUUAAUGUCCAGUUGGGGUGGUUUUACCAUCUUCUGCCAUCCCUCUGCAGGACUGAUGCUGCCUGUAAAAGUUACUUGAAGAAGUCAGUGUUCUUGGUUGGGGAGAUUGGAGGCAAUGACUACAACUACGCCUUUAUACAAGGAAAGAGCAUUGAACAAGUAAAGAGUUAUGUGCCGGAUGUCAUUAACGCCAUCAUGAAUGCAGCUUCGGUGUUGAUCCGAAUAGGAGCUAAAACUCUGGUGGUGCCAGGAAAUUUGCCGGUCGGAUGCUCAGCUAGUAUUCUCACCGGCUUUCUUACUACAGACAAGAAUGAGUACGAUCCCCGUAACGGAUGCCUAAUCCGCUUCAAUGAAUUCGCACAAUAUCAUAACUCAAAGCUCCACAAAGCCAUCCAAGCAAUGAGAGAGAGGUUCCCCCACAUAAAUAUCAUCUAUGCCGACUACUACAAUGCUGCAAUUCGCUUUGUCCAAACACCGGAAAUGUUCGGAUUCCGAAAGGAAACCGUUCUCAGGGCAUGUUGUGGAGGCGGAGGACCAUAUAAUUUCAACAUCACGGACAGAUGUGGACAUCCAGGGGCCCAUGCUUGCGCAAAUCCGGCCCGAUAUGUCAAUUGGGAUGGAAUCCAUCUCACAGAAGCCGCUUAUGAAUUCAUCGCCAAGGCCAUGUUGAAUGGAGAAUUCAUGCAUCCUCCCAUCAAGCUUGCAUAAUCACAGCUAACUUUCUUCUGUCAUGCUGCUCUGCAAAUGUGCUUUCUUCUAACCGUUGCUAUUGCUAGGAUCAAUAAGGUUUGUACUUCUUGUAGUGGUGGAAUGUAGAUUUUGUUGCUUUUAUUUUUCACCUGUAUUUAAGUACAAACUCUAUUAUAAAAAGUUUUGAGGGGAUCACUACUAUCAAUUUGUGAACAUCAUUUAGAUCUUUCAUGGUUUUCA